CGGAGACAGAUUCGAGCAAAAGAAACUGCCGCGAUACGACGAUUCAGUUUCCCAGCGCAGCGCGUCGGUAGAACACCAUAUAGAAAUCCUUCCAGUGCGCAUGCAGCCGACUGCGAAAAGUUUACAAACUCGAGAAAAUAAGCAACGCGGAAGAAUAAAUUCGCGCUUGCGAGGAAUAUGAGAUCGAAUCCGCGGAAGUUUGCGUCGUCGCGGCAAUCGUCAUCGUUGCUCUUAUUGCUGCUUCUGGUCGUGCUGGCAUCUGUCGAUGGGAAAUCCACUGUUUCAACAACCCCAAAGUCGUUAAAAGUUGACCCUAAAGAUGAUGCAAGGCCGUUGUGUGAGCUGCAUGAUGGGCGUUCUACCUGCAAAUGUCGGCCGGGUCUCACAGAGAUCACGAUAGGAGGAUCACCAGGCAGAGAAAAUAUUCGCGUGGGAAAUCGGACAGUGGAAAUGCGCAUUAAAAAUUGCACAUCCAUUCACAUCUUGGCGAAUGGGUUCGAAGCGGCAAAGAAACUCAGAUCGCUUCACUUUGUCAACGUUGACAAACUCGUGUUGGAGCCUUACUCAUUCGCCUUUCCUCGCAUCGGAACCGAUGAAACGCCCGCAGAAAAAACUGAGGGGAGGACCAUGCGGUUCAUCAGCGUGGAUUCCGACGCAUUCCCGCAAAACACCUUCACGAGUGAAUUCAGACGGAUCGACUUGGUCAACUCGAGCAUUAAAACGUGGCAAACAGGAGCCAUCGGUCCAGGAGCAAACGUUUCAACGCUGCACUUGGACUCAACCUCUGUCGGAGUGUGGGAACGAGACGGGAUCGAUACCCAGGCCACCUUGGAAAACCUGGAUUUCCAGCGUGCGGCAAUCGACACGAUGGAGACGGAAGCCAUUCGCAUCUCUUCAUCGCCAGUCCGCGAUGUCACCAUUUUCGGAUGCACUUUCCGGAUCCUCAAUUCGCGGUCUUUCGCAUUCCAGGCCCUCCGGCGACUUCGGUUCACGAAUAAUACCAUGACGGGUUCCGUGAGCACGCACUACAUCGAAGCCCAUCUAACCGGCCCGGAGAUGAUCUUCAGGAACAACCGCUUCGCCAAACUCCAACAACACGCAUUCAAAGGGAUCACGUCUUCGAAUUCCACGACUCUUCGUUUCCUCGGCAACACUCUCACAGCUUGCGACGAGGAAUGCCUGAGUUUCAGUCCAACCGUGGCCGUGAACGCAUCCGAAACCAAGUUCAACACGAGUUGCGACGGAGGCACGCUGAAAUUCGACAUGAUCUCCUUCGCCCCCGAACUCGCGAAAGACAUUUGGGCGACGGGGAAGUGUUUCAAAGAUAACGAAUUCGUGUCCCUGGUUGAACACUGCGCCCCGGAACCCGAACCGAAACCCGAGAAUACGUCCUUCGUGACCUACGUGAUACCCAUCAUCACGACCUCGUCCGUACUCGCGGUCAUUUUCGCGGGUGCUGUGGCGGGUUACGUGUGUUGCGGUGGCAGGCAACGAUUCGGACGAGGCCCUGCCCGAAGAACCCGAUCGGGAGUUGUUUUGACCGACAGUUGGAACUUCGGACCGACGGACUCGUGUCAGUCAUCCAACACGGAAGUGGAUCGGUCGUCAACCAAGUCAGAAAUCUCCACCUAUCCCAGGUACGUGUUUCCGGUGACGACGGAAAUUCGAGCGUACCCGGCCUCAGCAGCAGUGGAGAAUACUUCGGUGCCGACGGAACGGAUUAGUGCUUAUGAACCCAGGGUUGAGAUUUAUGGUGUUCCCGAAUCUGAAUAUGCCAAUGCGGCCCCACCUUUACCACCACUGAACCCUACAAUGCGACGGAUGGAUACCUUCCCCAGCAACUAUUCAAGAUAAUUCGAGAAAUGAUCCGCGCUCAGCAUAGUCGGCAACCAAUCGCCGGAGGUCGAAAUAAUUUCAUCAUCAUGGGUCUGAUUUGUGCCUAUAAACCUCAUUUAUUCGGGUAUUUAGCGCAUAUGUUCCCCCAGCAGUGGUCAGUCAUGUCUUAAAAAUGAACUGUACUGUGUGUGAUGAAAAACCAAUUUCAGGUACAAAACCGCGCAUUUUAUGACUUUAUCCAGUUAACUUGCAGCAGAGUGUGUCAACCCAAUUGGUGUGCUGGUCCACAGAAACUUUUUGCUCGUCGGCAGGAUUUUCUCUUCAGCAUAAAAAUUGUAUCAAAAGUACCAAUGAAGUCUGUUAUCCUUCAUCUGAAAUUUUGGAAAGAUAAUGGCAGUUUCAAUUAUUGGAGUGAAAAAUAAAAUUUUAAUUUUCUUUAUAAUAAUCACACUUUGGAAAAAUUUCCCCCUGUUGUAAUAUAUUAUAACUUUUUUUGUUCUGAGAAACCUUUCUUCAAGCCCACCUGUUUAAUUUUUCAAAGACAUUGCACUAUAUAGCUGCUUCCUUGAUUCUCAAUUUUUGAAAAAAGCAAAAACUUUUAAAAUGCCUGCUAUGAAGUCUUUCAAAUAAAAAAAUUUAUUCUACAACUUUUUUUGGGAAACUGGCUGGUCUGCUGGCUUGGAAAGGUUUGGGAACACUGGCUUAUAUAAUUGAACCUUAAUAAGUCUGACCUCCUAUGAAAUCUAAUUUUUUUCAAGUCCAUGUCUGAAUUCCCAUAGAAUCAAUACAUUAAAAACCUCCCUAACUCAAAGUAAUUUUCUCCAAAAACCUCUGUGAAUCAAACUUUCUGAGGCCUUUUGGUUUAUCAUUUCCUUGAACUAUGAAACAGAAAAUCAAUAGACAAAUGAUUUGAUGCAUCUUGGAAGGAAGUGUAAGACUAUUACAGCAAAUUCAACCCUGCCUCUGAGUUCAGCAAGGUGUACUCAUUAAGAAGCAAGUUUAAGCCCAGAAUAUGCUCAUUUACAAUUUCCCGCAAUUUAUUUUACUUUUUCUUGCAAAAAAUGUUUGUUUCCUUAACUGGAAACCUCCACAAAUCAAAAACUCCCCAAGUCACAUUUUUUCCUGGUCCCUAUAAAUUUGGUUUAGAGAGGUUUGACUGAAGAACCUUUGGGUUCAAAUCAACAAGACAUGGAUGUCCCCAAAGAAGGGUAACAGAAAUUGAAACUUUGGAGGGAAUUAUGAAAAAGAUAAAUGAGGACCCUGGCUUUUCUCCAUCUGUUUACCCAAAUCUCGAGUUGUUGGUGAAAAUUUCAGCAAGGAAAUUCACCUCUUUCAAUAUGUACCAGUCAUUCUUGAAUGAAUGAACAGAACACUUUAUUUGCCGCUUUUCAGCAUUCACAAUGUUCUAUCAGGAUUCCCACAACCAAACCCCCUUCCCACCCAAUCCAAAUCCACUCAAUGACAUUUUAAUCACUUCAGAGCGGGAAAGCACAAAUUGAUAACAAAAAAUAAAAGAAAAUACGAUACAACAUGAAAUACAACUGGACAUCUGACAUGUAUGCAUACACUCAUUCAUUCUUGAAUGACUCAAGGAGUCAAGGGUUAAAGACUGAGGUUUAUGAAAUGAUUUUUUGUGAUUUUUUCAUGUUUAUCAAGGUUAACUGGCGAUGAAAUAGUAUUCUUUUCAUACAGAAUAAAAAAAGCCUACAUUGAAUUUUCUUGAGCUUAAAAAACUCAGGGAAGCUAUACAAUUUGAAGAAUCCCCGUACUGCACACUAUUACUUUCGAAAAUUCGACGUUGGCUUUUACCGCAAUUCAACUCAUCAUCAGAUGAAACUUUUUAUUUGACAAGGCUGGUGUGGAGCAACUCAUUCAAUUUUCUCCUUUUCUUUCGGGAGAAUGAAUCUUGUAUCUCAGCCGAUACCAAUGAGAGGAUGAGGAUGACAAUUUAGCAUAUAUGUGAUUGUUGGCUCAGAUGAUAUUGAACGAUGCGAUAUUUUGUGACUAUGAAUGGUGAUUUGCAACUGAUUGAGAAGUGCAUGGAACGUAAUAAAAUACGGGGAAUGAAAGCGGAAGAA